UUUCAGGAUGUCCUGUACCGCUGAUUAAAGGUGGACUGGGAGCGACGAUAGACGCCACUCCUGCUUAAGACCUUAAACUGGAACCUGCUCGAUUCAAAGCCGAUCCGGACACCGCUGCGUCGUCAAAUUUACCCAAAAGGCUGGAAGAUCUGACCGGCAUAUUGAUCCGGUUCAAUAGCUGAAUUCCCGGCGAUCCCAGUGCAAACAGCAACACCAACGCUCAAAAAUAAUAAAAAAAAGACCUAUGUAGAAAGCAGAGUUAUUUCUCCCCCCUUUUCCUCUCUGGCUGGAAGGGGAGAAAUCAGUUUUGGGGCAAACAGCGUUUUGAUGCUGGCGGAGCUGCGCGCAUGCGUUGCUCUUGUCAGAAUAAUUGCGCUCAACGGGACUAAGUUGCAUUCCCUGCUUCUUCUGUCAAAGUCAUUUCUUUUAAUCAAAGUUAGGGAUGUGGACGGUUCAGGACCUAGGACGCCUUGGGAUUUUAUCUCUUCUUCUCACGGUCGGCAUGGUCUCUUGUGCGCAAAGCGCAAACGAGCCCAGUAACAUGUCAUACGUGAAAGCGACGGUGGACAAACUGCUCAAAGGAUAUGACAUUCGCUUAAGGCCUGAUUUUGGAGGCGCUCCCGUGGACGUUGGCAUGAGCAUAGACAUCGCUAGCAUCGACAUGGUCUCUGAAGUCAAUAUGGAUUACACCAUCACCAUGUACUUCCAGCAGUCAUGGCGGGACAAGCGUCUAUCCUACACGGGGAUCCCUCUCAACCUCACCCUGGAUAACCGUGUGGCUGAUCAGCUGUGGGUGCCGGAUACGUACUUCAUCAAUGACAAGAAGUCCUUUGUGCAUGGCGUGACAGUAAAGAACCGCAUGAUUCGGCUGCACCCCGAUGGCACCGUGCUCUAUGGCCUCCGGAUCACCACCACGGCCGCCUGCAUGAUGGACCUUCGCAGAUACCCCCUGGAUGAGCAGAACUGCACCCUUGAGAUCGAGAGCUAUGGCUACACCACAGACGACAUUGAGUUCUACUGGCAGGGAGGCAGCUCCGUCACUGGAGUGGACAGCAUCGAGCUGCCUCAGUUCUCCAUCAUCAACUACAGGACCCUCUCCAAGAAAGUCGUCUUUGCAACAGGAUCCUACCCCCGACUCUCCCUGAGCUUCAAGCUGAAGAGGAAUAUCGGUUACUUCAUCCUACAGACCUACAUGCCCUCCAUCCUAAUCACCAUCCUGUCCUGGGUCUCCUUCUGGAUCAACUACGACGCGUCUGCAGCCCGAGUGGCCUUGGGUAUAACAACUGUCCUGACCAUGACUACCAUCAAUACUCACCUCCGUGAGACCCUUCCCAAGAUUCCUUAUGUGAAGGCCAUCGACAUCUACCUCAUGGGCUGUUUCGUCUUCGUCUUUUUGGCGCUCUUGGAGUACGCCUUCGUCAACUACAUCUUCUUUGGUCGGGGCCCCCACCUGCAGAAGAAAGUUGCAGAGAAAGCAGCCAAGACCAACAAUGAGAAGAGCAGACUGGACUCCAACAAAGUCCAGGUGGAUGCCCAUGGCAACAUCCUGCUUACCAACCUUGGGAUCCACAAUGAGGUGAGUGGCGCAGAGAUGCUGGCGGGUCUGGGGGACCCACGGGCCACCAUGUUCUCCUACGACAGCGCCAGCAUCCAGUACCGGAAGCCCAUGGCCAGCCGGGACCUGUAUGGGCGACCGGCCGUCGACCAGCCGCUGGGCCACAAGAAGAACAAACUACGCCGCAGGGCGUCCCAGCUCAAGGUCAAGAUCCCCGACCUGACGGACGUGAACGCCAUAGACAAAUGGUCCAGGGUGAUCUUCCCCAUCACCUUCACUUUCUUCAACCUGGUCUACUGGCUCUACUACGUCCACUAGGGGGCGCCUUCUUUACACUUUAUUUAUUUUCUCCCUAAAGGCUGUCCAUUAGGGGAUUAACAAAUUAUAUAUAUAUUUUUCCUUUUUUUCAGAACUCUAAGGUAAGGUAUUCAGCCAUUGUUUAUUUUUCCAUAGCAGUAUAAUUUUACGAAGAAUAUCGGGCUGUAUGCUUCACUUCAGUGUAAAUAUAUUUUAAUAUAUAAAACAUAAAAAUAACAGUAUUAUAUUUUCCCAUAACUGUACCUGCACAUUGAAAAUAGAAUCACAUGGACCUAGUAUUUGAAUAAGGCUCAGAUGGAUACAGAACCACUGUUUCUGUUCUGACGUUAGGAGGUCCAAUCUGUUGGCAUCUGACCUCGCAGAUUUUGUGCCAAACCGGACUGUGAUGACUUGAAGACUUGUGAACAAAACACUGUGUUAUUUCUCUGUAAAGGGAAAACCCAUUUGUAUGUGGCAACAGGUUUCCAUGUUCUGGAUGCAGCAAGGAUGCUCUGUUUAAGAAAGUAAUUAGCUCUGACUCACUGACCUUUUGUUUCUGAUGAAUGUUUUGUUUUACCGAUGUCCUGUGACAAGAAACUGCCCUGGCUGACGAACAGAUUCUAUUUUGUCUUCAGCAAGGGCGAUUUGCUAUCUUUUUGCGUUUGACGCAAGCAGUUAUAUAUUCAUUUCCCACUAGUCCUGCAUAUGCCAGCAUUCAUUCUUGCAUGAAAACACUGAGCUUGUUUGAUUGCUCAACCAUUUAGCUUUUUAGAUUAACCUGGACCAAUGGAAGGCUUCAUUGUUUAGUAAUCGAUUCCAUUCUUUAAAAAAAUAUAGAAUUUAGACACAUGACUGCUAUAAAUUGGAAUUCAUUAGUCUGGGAUUUUGUAAAAUGCAACUUUCAGGUAAAAAAAAAAUGUUACACUUUCAAGUCAUUUACAAAUAGACAAACAGAGUGUUCUUUGGAAACCACUGUAGAGAUUCCUCAAAAAAAAUACUUUCCAGGCAUGAUUACACCUUACUUUUUGAAUGCAAAGUAGUGCUUCAUCCAUUUAAUAUUUUAUGUAGUUAAAAUAUAUAAAUAAUAGUUAUGAUGAAGAAUGAAAUUGAAGUGCUGUGGGACAAAAUUUAAUUUACAUGCAUUGAGUCAAGGAAAACCUUAUUCAUUUAUUAAGCAGGUGCACUAAUCUAUAACACAUUCUAACAACUACUUUUUUGAUUAAUCAAUUGAGGACUUUAUUAAUUAUAAGUCAUGUACCUAGCACCCCUGAAAGGCAUCAUUAAUUAGACCAUUAACUAUAUGGUUGUGUAAUAACAUAAAAAAAGUGAAUAUGGAUUUUGUUCAAUGACUGAAGACAAAUCAUGGAGGGAAAUUUGAAUUUGAAUGUGAUCUGAUACAGACCAGUGCCGGUGCAAACAUGCCCAUGUAAUCCCAACGUGUAGAAUGGAAAAUUUUAGAUCUUAAUAUAUUAGUAAUAUGUGCCCUAAGAGUGUAAUGUGAGUCUAUGGAGUUCAGAAUUGAAGAGUAAAUUUCCAAAACUCUUUCCAGUUUUUGUUAGUUUGCAGAUGAGACCACCAAUGACCUAAAGCCAGGCUUCCUCAUCAUAUGUUAUCGUAUUGGGGCCCAAAAUUUACUCCAUCCUCAUCUAAUCGAACGAAGAACUUUUGUUAAACGUCCAAAACUCAAGUCCACAGAAUGUUUUAUCAAUUUUUUAAAAAUGUAUUCCGUGGACUGAGUUCUAGUCAUGUCUUAUUCCUCUUUAUUUAUCCAUUCAGUUUAAUGUGGUCCAGAGAAGUCCUCUGUAAAUCUAAUAUGAUAUUGCUGUUAAUUCACAUUGUCAGAGAGUAAAAUGUCAGUGCAGAGUUAGAACUUAAACAACUGAAUCUUGUAAUAUAUCAUGGAAUGGGGUAGAGCAAGGCACAGUUAAGGGUUCACAUUAAAAUUUGAGUGGAUGGAUCUUAACAUAAUCACAUGGGAAAAGCUAAGAGAGAAAUGUGAAACCCAGCAAUUGCGGGAAGAGGAGUGAAUAGGCUUAUGUAGCACAGUAGGGAGGGGUUGUGGUAGAAACUAGAUAACGAUUGAGUUCUUGUCUUUUUUCACUCCCUUACAAAGUUUUUAUUUUCUCUUUAAAAACAUGCAAUGGUGCUGGAGCCUUGCUUUGCCGUUUCUUCAUUAUAAGCCAUCAUCAGUGGAAUUUCAGUUCUUUUUUUAAGAAAUAUUAUGGGGUUGUGAUGAUAGGGUAGCUCAUAGUGCCCUGGGGUGUUACAGCUUACUUUUUGUGAGUUGCAAUCCACUGAAAGAGAAAAACAGCAACACUCAACUGGCCAACUGCGAUCCAUUAACUCUGAUUCCGUGGAGUACAAUCACUUUGCACUACAAAAAAAUUGGAAUUAAUCAGAACUAAAAAGGAUGUGAAGGUACCAGGGUUCAUUAGACUGAAUACAACAAAUUAGGCAUGUUUCAAUAGGAGAAAAUUAAUCAGCAGUGUGCUCUUUUCUCAUGGCUGAUUAUUGUGCCUUUAAACAAGAAACUAAAUAUUUUAACAGGGUUAACUUAUAACUAGUCGAUAGGCUUUAAAAAUAAUAAACUUGUACUUUUUUAAAAGAAGAAAUAAACCAACAAUAUUGUUGACUUUUGUGAUAUAUAUGCUAUAUGUACUGUAUAUACACUCUAGUUAUGACAUUCCAGCAUUAUGAUGACAAUCUGUAAAUACAACAAUAUAAUCUUGUCUGCUGGUAUGUUUUCUUUUCUUAGAUUCUAUUGUUACUAAUGAUGUUGUUACUGUUAGUGUAAUUGUUGCUUUUUACAUAGAUCAGGGCUGCCCAAUUUCAGUCCUGGAGGGACAGUCUGCAACAGAGUUUGCAGAUUUCCCUGCUCUGUUCAGCUCACCAGCGAAUUGCCAGGUUUGGUAGUUGUGUUUGAGCAGGGAAAUCUACAAACUGAUUUGGCAAACCGGGACGGGAAUUGGGCAGUGCUGAAAUAGAUGCCGAAGGUGAUUCAAGAGAAAAUGAUGCAGCACUGUAUACCUGCCAGUAAAGGCCAUUGAUCUGAUAUUAUCUUACCUUACCCUCAAACAAUGAUUUUGGGCAUACUGUAAGAGCUGAUGACUUCUUUCAAAGCUCUAUAAGGAACCAUCGUGUGUUGGGCUGCUGUAAAUGUAUGUGCAUUCACCUUCUUAGUGCAUUUGCCUGUACAUUUUGAAGUGCAGGUUAGGUUUGUCUGUACAUCUUGUGGUCAAAGUGGGGUCAUAACAACGGUCCCAGCAUACAGACUAAUAUCCCUCGAAGAGCAAAAGGACCAGAAUGUGUGUUGACAAAACGACAAACGUCUCAGAUGACAUUUGCCCAUGGAAUGGAAUUUCAACAUGACUUGGAGAUCGACUUGGAGACAUUGUCACCUCCGCUUCGUAAAACACACAUAAAACAGUGGGAGACAAUGUACUGUAAAAACACUGUAACUUCUCUUGCAGAAGGACCUUUGGAUCAAAUCCCUCUAAGCACUACUACCUUAAGAACAUGGUAUUCCCUGGCAGAUAUCAACUCAGGGAUGUCGCGAAAUGCUAGCAAAACCAGUGAAAGUGGCAGCGAGCUAGAAGCAGUUGAUUUGGUUGCAAAGCUUUGGAACUCACCUGCUCUACUGAAUUUCCAGUCCCUGAUGCCAUAUGUAAAACACAUUUGUUUAAAUAUACCGUCGACAGCUUCUUGUAAUCACUUUCAGACCUGAAGUAAUGUUGAUCAUCCUUAGAUGAUAACAAAAUCUGCAAAUGAAAAAAAAAAUCAAUUUUUGGUUCAUUGUGAAAUAUAUGUACACUUCUCAAUGCUGUAAAGUAACAUGCUUUUGAUAUGACAUAAACACAAAAAGAAAUAAAAUGUAGCGCUCUACUGUGAGUUUGCAUCGAUAUCAAUAAAUACGGUUAAAAGCAACCUGCACCUAUUACUGGCCACAACUUCUUUGAAAGUCAUUUUACCAGUAACAAAGUACUGGUGUCAAAAUAGAUAUACAUAGUAUACCUGUAGAUGUGUAUGUAUGUAAAUUGUGAUUAACAGAAUGAAUACCUUCCUUGCUUUACUGUCUAUUUAUAUUGAUACAAAAUAACUGUCAUGUUAAAAACCUGCAUUUGUUAAAUUUAAUUGAUUCAAAUUAAAGGUUAUGAAUUAAGUUUAUUCCAUAAAAUUACACAUUUUAUCACAACUUAUAGAAUUGCUUACAUACUGCACAGUACUGCAUGUCCUGAUAUCCCUUAAUUUUGUAUAGGCCAUCCUUUGGAAGGCCGGUAAAAAUAACCUUUUCUGGUGUCUCCUCCAGAAAAUAUUUUUCCAUAUUCAAAGAGUUUUUUUACCUCUAUAUUUAGAGGGUAAUUCUGAAAAACAGAAGCAUAUUAUCAACUACAUAUUUUCGUAUAAAUUUUUUGCAUCAUUGUAAACAAACAAUUAAAUUAUUUUAACUUCUAUGAAUCUAUUAAUAUAUUUUAUUUGUAUUAUGUAAUACCCUUCUUUGGGGGGCACAGUGGUGUAGUGGUUAGCACUGCUUCUGCUAUGGCCCCAUGUGUGCAUUUUCUCCUUAUGUCAUCAUCUGGGUUCUUUAGAUUCCUUCACAGUCCAAAAACAUGCUGAGGUGAACUGGAGUCACCCUUAUGUGUGUACACAGGAAUGCACCCUGAAAUGGGUUGGUGCCCCGUCCUGGGUUAUUUCCUGCCUUGCACCCAUAGCUUCCACUUGUGAGCCUGGACAGCACAAACAGGUAUAAAAAUUGGAUAAAUUUCCUUAUUUUUAGCUGUGAAACUACAGAACCGAGUAAAAUAUUUGUAUGGUGGUCAUGAGGUGCAAAGCACAACAUAUUACAGAAAUGCAAAAAGUAAAACUGCAAAAAAAAAACACAAAAAAGUAAAACAAAAGAUUUAGAAAACAAAAAGGAAAAACAAUAACACCUGAAACAGUAAUGUUUUCACAAUUUUUUUCUGUGUUGUCAAUGUUUUGUGUUGUCUUUAUUUUAUGUUUUCUUAAUUGGUUUAUUUUUUCAGAAAUUUUUGCAUUUACUUAAUGUGUUGUGUACUUCUGGGAUGUGUUCCAUGCCACAGGGAGUAGUUAGCUAAAUUGAUUACAACACAGAAUUAUUUAUAUAUUUGUCGAUUUCAUUACUUGGUAUGUCCUCUUUUAUUUUAUUUUGUUUUAUUUUAUAUUGUAAAUCAUCUUUCUUUUAAUACAUUACUUAUUCCUUUUUAUCCCAGAUCAUCUCAUCUCAUCUCUUUUCAUCUAUUAAUUUAUUAUUAUUAUUCUAUCCUACUGUUCUCUGUCUGUUUUUAUCCUCCUUUCACAUCCCACCAUUUAUACUUUUAUUUUGUAGUUGCUUGUAGUUUUUCUUUAUUUGUCUUCAUCAUAUUUAUCCAUCUGUAAUGACUUUAUCUUUUCCUUCUUAUUAACUCACCCUUCAUAAUUUUACUCACUACGCCUCUCGGGUUUCCUCAUGCAAAUUUCUGAGAUCCAUGGUAACGUUUCCUAAGUUCCUGUUUAUAUUGUCAGUUCCUGUUUUGAUUUCUCUAUUGUUUAUUGUUAUUAUCUAUCAUUAUUUAAUUAUUUAUCUAUUGAUUUGUUUAUUUACUUCAUUAUUUAUAACUGUCUUUCAUGUGUCUUGUCCCUUUAUUUUAUAUACUUUGGGUGA